UCCCCAAGUUCUCUUACGGUCAGUCUGGUCUCUGAACCCACCCUUUCCUUUCCCACCCCCACCUCGAGCCUGGCUCCUAGAGAAGCCUCCCACCUCCGCUACCUGCAGGUCCCCAGCCUGGGAAGAGAUGGCCCCACAACCUCCUUGGGGCCUGGGCCCAGCCCUGAUCUGGGGCCUAAGUCUCUUCUUGAGCCUCCCAGAUCCUGCCUGGCUCCAGCCCUCUCCUCCCCCCCAAUCUGCUCCCCCACCUGAACCUCAUCCAUGUCAUACCUGCCGGGCACUGGUGGACAGCUUCAACAAGGGCCUGGAGAGAACCAUCCGGGACAACUUUGGCGGUGGAAACACUGCCUGGGAAGAAGAGAAGUUGUCCAAAUACAAAGACAGUGAGACCCGCCUGGUGGAGGUGCUGGAGGGUGUGUGCAGCAAGUCGGACUUCGAGUGCCACCGCCUGCUGGAGCUGAGUGAGGAGCUGGUGGAGAGCUGGUGGUUUCACAGGCAACACGAAGCCCCCGACCUCUUCCUGUGGCUCUGCUCAGAUUCCCUGAAGCUCUGCUGCCCCUCGGGGUCAUUUGGGCCCACCUGCCUGCCCUGUCCUGGGGGCCCAGAGAGGCCCUGCGGCGGCUACGGGCAGUGCGAAGGGGACGGGACGCGAGGGGGCAGCGGGCGCUGCGACUGCCAGGCCGGCUACGCGGGGGAGGCGUGCGGCCAGUGCGGCCUCGGCUACUUUGAGGAGGAGCGCAAUGCCAGCCAUCUGGUAUGUUCGGCCUGCUUCGGCCCCUGCGCCCGCUGCUCAGGACCCGAGGAAGCCAACUGUCUGCAGUGCAGGAAGGGCUGGGCCCUGCAUCACCUCAAGUGUGUAGACAUCGACGAGUGCGGCACGGAGCGCGCCAGCUGCGGGGCUCACCAGUUCUGCGUCAACACCGAGGGCUCCUAUGAGUGCCGAGACUGUGCCAAGGCCUGCCUGGGCUGCAUGGGGGCCGGGCCCGGCCGCUGCAAGAAGUGCAGCCCCGGCUACCAGCAGGUGGGCUCCAAGUGUCUCGACGUGGACGAGUGUGAGACGGCCGUGUGUCCAGGAGAGAACGAGAAGUGCGAGAACACGGAGGGGGGCUACCGCUGCGCCUGCGCGGAGGGCUACGAGCAGGCCGAGGGCGCGUGCGUGAAGGAGCAGGUCCCCGAGCCGGCGGGCUUCUUCUCGGAGAUGACGGAGGACGAGCUGGUGGUGCUGCAGCAGAUGUUCUUCGGGGUCAUCAUCUGCGCGCUGGCCACGCUGGCCGCCAAGGGGGACCUGGUGUUCACCGCCAUCUUCAUCGGGGCCGUGGCCGCCAUGACCGGGUACUGGCUGUCAGAGCGCAGUGACCGCGUGCUCGAGGGCUUCAUCAAGGGCAGAUAAUCCCCGCUGCCCCCCCCCCACCCGCCGUGAGGCGCCCCCACCCACCCCCCCAGGCUGCCCCAGAGGCCGGGCCGCUCUCGCUGGACACUCAGGACAGCUUGGUUCCCGAGAGCGGGCGGGGUGAGCACCCCACCCCCACCCGCCUGCAGGAGCGGCCUCUCCGGGGAAUGCGGACUGGAAGCAGGAAGCCUUGAGA